CGCACACCUUGGCAAGGCUGAGUGGCAAACCAGCGUGGGCCAUAAUAUUUGGGGUUACGCCUGUGGCAAGCGCAGCUUAAUGAGCACUUACCUGAUUGCGAGUGAUUGCGACUGAUAGUUAGAGCCAUGCUGCGUCUGGUAGCCCGCAGAACAAAAGCCACAGGGAGAGCAUGUGCUCGGCCACAGUCGACGCGACGCGUGCGGCACCAGUCAUCGAUGCAGUCGUGGGCCGCGCCCCUCUGCGACACCAUCCAACAGGCGCACCGCGGCCAAUUCGACGCCGACGCCUUGCGGGCAGUGUACGCAACCGACGCGGUGUUCGACGACCCGUGCGGCACGAUCCGCACGCCGAAGGGCAUCGUCCGGGGCUUCGAGCUCAUCCAUUGGCUGUGUGAUGUUGACGUCGAGCCCACCGACGACGAGUGGAGUUUGCACCCGCCGGCGGCGGGCGGUCUUGUGUUCAGCGAGGAUGCGGUGCCUACCCUGCCGGCGCAGGCGCGACUCGAUCAGCGUGCGACCUACGCGCUCCGCGCGCUACCGCUCGUCCGGUUUUCGCUGCCUUCGACCAUUGUCCUCGACCUCGACGUCGAGACGCGAAAGGUCACUCGCCACGAGGACCGCUGGCACGGGCGCCCCGUGACCUAUAACGCGAUCCACGGGGCGUUCAAGGAGUGGCAUGGCUUCUGGUUCGUCGCGCUGUUCGUGAAAUAGCUGCGCAUCGCGGCGAUGGCGUGGAGUGGCGUCGUAGUCGUCCGAGCGCCUCUGCCCCAGCAGCACGCCAUCGCCGCGGCUCAACAUAGAUAGUGAUUUGUAAAUGUUCUUUGUCAGAGGUACAUAGAUUACACAAACAAUGCCAGGGCACAGGGUCAACCCCUCCGCUGGAACACCUUGACGAACGCGACCUCCAUCGCGCAGGGAAACGCAGAAUCA